AUGGGUUUGGCUGACGGUCUAAAGGCCAAUGUAGAUGCUUCAGCUGGGGGUGCAUUCUUGAGCAAAACAUUCACAGAUUGCAAGGUUCUUCUUGACAAGAUGACUCAAAAUUUAGACUGGAUGACGAGAGAUACAACACUCACUCCAAUAGUACAUUCUGUUGCUCUUGACCCAAACAAUACAAAUGCAGAAAACAUAGCCAUUCUCAUGACCCAGAUGAGCUUAUUGACAAAGAAAAUUGAUGAGAUGGGUACGAAACAGGUACACAUUGUUGAUACGACAAAUGGAGGCCUAUGCACUCCCUGCAUAAAUCAGUCAUAUGUUUGCUCGUGGAGUGGAGAGAAUGAUAACCAUGGCUUCAGAGAAUACAUGAAUUACGUCAAUAAUUUUGGGGAUCAGAGGCAAGGUGGAUAUCAAUGGGGACCUCAAAAUCAGCAAUACAGACCAAUCCAACAACAAUACAAUACCAUUCCAGGGGGAGCACGACCACAAGGCCAAGUCGUGCCUUAUCAAAAGCAGCAUGGCUACAAUCAGCAGCACCAACAACAAUUGGCUUACCAACCGCCUCAUCAACAGCAGGACAGUAAUAUGAUAGAAAUUAAGGGCAUGCUGCAACAAAUCAUUGUGACAAAUGGAAAGAUGCAAGAAAAGUUAGCCGCACAUGAUUCGGCUAUUAAAGGAAUUGAAACUCAAUUAGGCCAGUUAUCUAUAGCCUUGAACAAUCACCCACAAGGAACGUUGCCUGCAGACACAAACAUCAAUCCAAAUGAGCAGAACCCAAAUCAGCUAAUGGCAGUGAGUCUUAGGAAUGGAAGGGAUUUAGACAGAGAGCAAGAAGUUGCUCAAUCUAGGAGAGACGCAGUGCCAAUUACUCCAGUGACAUUAGAGUCCGACGAGUCAACGGAGCUCACAGAAGUUGUAAUUGAACAGGCACAAGUGGACAAAGGCAAGGAGAAGGAAUUUGAACAACUCCCAGAACAGGUGGUGGAAAAGGCUCCUAAUAAAGAAAAAACACCAAGCAGUGGGCAGAAGCUAACUCCUACACCAUUCCCUCAAAGCUAUGCAAAAAUGAUGAAGGAUCUGAUGCCUCAAAAAUCUGACUUCCAGGACCUAUCUACUGUAACUCUAACUCAAACUUGCAGCGCGGUAGUGACAAGAACUAUGUCUCAAAAAUUGUCUAAUCCCGGUAGUUUCACUAUCCCAUGCACAAUUGGAAGUUAUGCUUUUGCUAAAGCAUUGUGUGACUUAGGAGCCAGUAUUAACUUGAUGCCUUUGGCAAUCUACACAAAAUUAGGCAUUGGCAGAGCUAGACUGACCUCAAUGUGGUUGCAACUGGCUGAUCGCACAGUCAAAAGGCCGAGAGGAAUUCUGGAUGAUGUGCUCGUCCAAGUGGGAAAGUUUGUAUUUCCUGCCGACUUCGUUAUUCUUUACUAUCAAGUUGAUGAAGAAAUACCAAUAAUUUUGGGGAGGCCGUUCUUAGCCACUGGGAGAGCAUUGCUCGACUGUGAGAUCGGAGAGUUAAAAAUGAGGUUGAAUAAUGAGGAAAUAAUAUUCAAUGUUCAACAAUCUAUAAGGAGGCCUGGCGAAUUUGCAAAUUGUUCACUAGCGGAGGCGGUGUAUGUAAUACUACAAGAGGAGGAUGAGACCCUUAAUGUCAGAGAUCCGUUAGAAGCUUGCUUGAUGAAUUUGUAA